GCUCCGCACCACAGCACUGCAACGCAAACCUGUCUACGCUCCCCAUGGAAACAUUUGAGAUUCCAGUGGUGGAUCUCUCGGGAUGGGUAGGGGGCGCACAAGGCAAUGGGGAUGACUGCCGCAAGUUGGCAGAAGCACUUCAUGCGUUUGGAAUUGUCCUCGUCCGAGACCCGAGGGUAUCUGAGGUAGACAACAAUCAAUUUCUCGACCAGAUGGAGAAGUACUACGCCCAGAGCGACGGUGUCAAGGAUGCAAGGCCAGAGUUUUCCUACCAAGUUGGCGUUACACCUGAGGGCACGGAACGGCCACGCGCGCAUUGCGAGCGCAUCAGUCAGUUGCCGGACGGACAUCGACCGUUGACUCUGUGUCCCCCUGAGGCUGACCCAAAGUGGCGGUUCUUCUGGACGAUUGGUCCGCGGCCCGCCGUGACAAAAUACCAGCAGCUCAACCCCCCGCCCGUCGUGCCAGAAGGCUUCGAGAAUUGGUCUACGAUCAUGGACGCGUGGGGAAACAAGAUGAUUGGCGCGCUGGAGACAGUCUCACGGCUGUGCGCUAUUGGUCUCGGGCUAGACGAGGAAGCUAUUUCAACUCUCAUGCACGAGGGCCCGCAUCUCCUGGCCCCCACUGGCUCGAACUUCGACAAGUUUGAUUCAGCGGGCACUGUCCUAGCAGGCUACCACUACGAUUUUAACUUGUUGACCAUUCACGGGAAGAGCCGAUAUCCGGGUCUCAGCGUUUGGCUGCGAGAUGGCAGGAAAAUGCCAGUUUCAGUGCCUGACGGGUGCCUUUUGGUCCAGGCCGGAAAACAGCUCGAACGGCUCACCGGUGGACACGUGCUGGCUGGCUUUCACGAGGUGGCGGUCUCGCAGGCGACCAUCGAGACUAUGCGGAAAAGGAAACAAGAGGGGCAGUCUCUGUGGAGAAUCUCAAGUACCUGUUUCGGGCACGUCGCGUCCGAUCAGGUUCUCCGCCCGCUCGGAAAGUUCGCCACGGAAGAGGCUCUCGCCCAGUACCCUUCCAUCACGGCCGGGGACAUGAUGCAGGAGGAGCUCAAGGCCAUCAAUCUAGCUGCUUGA